UGUCCCCUAGUGCUCCUGCGGGAGGAAGUGCUCCAGCUUCAGGAGGAAGUGCUCCUUCUCCGGCAGAUGAAAGAGGUGCUAGCCAAGGACCUGGAGGAGUCCCAGGGCGGCAAGUGCUCCGAGGCGCUCUCAGCCACAGAGCUUCGGGUGCAGCUGGUGCAGAAGGAGCAGGAACUGGCCAGAGCCAAAGAAGCCUUGCAAGCCAUGAAAGCCGACCGGAAGCGCUUAAAGGGCGAGAAGACCGACUUGGUGAGCCAGAUGCAGCAGCUAUACGCCACACUGGAGAGCCGAGAGGAGCAGCUUCGAGACUUCAUCCGCAACUAUGAACAGCACCGCAAGGAGAGUGAAGACGCUGUCAAAGCGCUGGCCAAGGAGAAGGACCUGCUGGAACGCGAGAAGUGGGAGCUUCGACGUCAGGCCAAGGAAGCCACAGACCAUGCCGCGGCUCUGCGCUCCCAGCUGGACCUCAAGGACAACCGCAUGAAGGAACUGGAGGCCGAGCUAGCCAUGGCCAAGCAGUCCUUAGCUACACUGACCAAGGACGUUCCCAAGCGGCAUUCACUCGCCAUGCCUGGUGAGACGGUGCUCAAUGGCAAUCAGGAAUGGGUGGUUCAGGCUGACCUCCCAUUGACUGCUGCCAUCCGUCAGAGCCAGCAGACGCUGUACCACUCCCACCCUCCCCACCCUGCAGACCGGCAAGCGGUCAGGGUGAGCCCCUGCCAUUCAAGGCAGCCUUCCGUCAUCUCCGAUGCUUCUGCUGCUGAAGGUGACCGGUCAUCGACACCGAGCGACAUCAACUCCCCAAGACACCGGACACACUCCCUCUGCAACGGCGACAGUCCCGGCCCGGUUCAGAAGAGCCUGCACAGUCCUAUUGUACAGUCACUAGAGGAUCUUGAAGACCAAAAACGGAAAAAGAAGAAAGAGAAGAUGGGAUUCGGCUCCAUUUCUCGAGUCUUCGCCAGAGGGAAGCAACGGAAGUCCCUCGACCCGGGCCUCUUUGAUGGUACCGCCCCUGAUUAUUACAUAGAGGAAGACGCGGACUGGUGA